AUUCAACAUGUCAAGAAAGCUGGACUUUAGCAUCUGCCAGUGAAUCUUAUAAGGUGAAAGAAAGCAAUAAGAUGCUAAACUCCACCCAGUGGACCCUGGGUAUUGACGCUGUUGAAGAAAAUCCAGUGGUUUCACAGAACCCAUUUGAUGUCCAUGGUCUUGAUUUUCAUGAAUCUUACCCUGAAGAAUGGAAAGAGAUGCUGUCAUUUCAGCCUAACAGAGAGGCACCUAUCACUAGCGUGGGUUGUCCCAUGAGGCCACGAGCUUCAGUUUGCCCCAAGCAGCAUCGUCCCAUACUGCUGAAACACAGUCUAAAGGAGCCCAGACCUACCAACAAGUUAAAGCGACGGCAUACCUUUUCCAGUUUUAAUCAUUCCACUGAAUUAUACCCUAAACCAAAGAGUGAUUUAGACUGUAACCUUGCCAAUCCUGUACAUGCUUCUCCUCCUGCAACAUUGCCCAACAGUAGGAAGAGGAAGUUUUGCUCUAAGGACGUCCUGUCUAAUGUUCCAACUCCUCCUCUGCCUGUUCCUCAGCCCACUUGUCAUAAACGUUCACGAUCACGCUCUUCCUCCCUCGUCUCACCUAGUCAGGUGGCACUUGCAUCUUUCAGCACUUACCUCGGCAACCAGUUUUUACAAAAGAACAUAUAAAAGAACUUCAUCUAUACGUAGAGCUCAAUCGCAGCCCUCAUGUUCUCAAGAGAGCGUCUCUGGUGGAACAGAGGAGGAGCAUAAUUCACAACCAUCCAACUCAACACUGAAUGAAGGACAGAAGGGGGCAUCAGGACAAAAGUCCAAAGGAGCAAACCUGUCCCCACUGAUCAUGCCUGUGUCUGUCCCAGUCGCUGUAACAAAUGUUUUAGGCCCCCAAGCCUCUACACAUCAAGCCGAGAGGUCACAGACUCGUAAAGGUGCAGCUAAGAGGUCUUGUCAUCUUGACCCUUUAAACUGCCUCAUCAUCCCAAGUCCAACUCUGCCUCGACUAUCUUCUCCACAAUGCACCGAUAAUAAGGAUACCCAGGGUUUGCAGAGAAGCUGUGGCACGGGCGGUUACCCCAGCCAGCUGCGCUCGCCAAACUAUCUGACAGACCACCCACUGAGCCCUAGUUUUCAUCCCCCACCCUACACCCCUCAGCCAAUGCUGAGCCCUCUCCGUCCUGGGACAGGCCUUUACUCUAAAAACCUACCGCAGCAUCAGCAAUGCCCAUCUCUUCCCAGCACCCUUGAUGGUGUCUCCUUCCCAAUUGACAACACAGUCACCAACAUACAGCCGAGGAUUAACGUGGGUUCACAGUUUCAAGCAGAGAUCCCCCCAGUGCGGGACACACUGUACAUGCUGUAUGAAGAGCACCCUGCUCAACUCGUCUGGACUCCUUGGAAAGAUCUCUCUACCAACACAGAAACACAACAGAGGGUCACAGAGCUGUUAGACAUGUGCUGUUCCAGUGUGCUACCAGGAGGAGGCACCAACAUCGAAUUCGCUCUCAACUGCCUUCAUGAAGUUCAAGGAAGCAUAAUGGCAGCACUGGAUUUACUCUUAAUGAGAGAAGAUUUUCGGACCUCCUGGCACCCUCUGAAUGAUUACCACUACACAGGGUCAGACCACUGGACAGUGCAAGAGAUUAAAGUGUUCAAGAAAGCUCUGAUUGACCACGACAAGGACUUUCAACAGAUUCAUAAUGUGUUGCAGACAAAAUCAAUAGCCCAGUGUGUGGAGUAUUACUAUAACAUGAAGAAGCUGAAAAAGUUCAAGCAAUGUGUCCGAGCCACAAAUAAAAAGGAUGAAGGUGGAGGGAACUCUGCAUUCAGAUGCUCACAAGAGCACCAGCCUGAGCAGAUAAACGGGAACACAGGACAGAAGACAGCUGCUCAGAGUUAGGUGUGUGUCAGAGAUGUGAAGAGCCACAGUUCCCCCUCAGUCAGGAUAGAAACUAUCUCCAGAUGGCAGUGGACAAGCAAGGACACAGGUCAAAGCAGAAGGCUAAAGUGAACUGAAUUCCAAUCAGUAUUUCAUAAAAGAUCCUUUGUAAGAGCUCAAGUGUGUUUUAGACUACAGUAAAUAUUCAACUCAUUGUCCAGCGAUUAAUAUGGACCGUGAAAUUAGCCGUAAUUGUAAUCCAAAAUAAAGUUUGCAUCAAAAGAAUAGCCAACUUUGUGGAUUUUUUUUUCUUCAACUGUUUAUUUCUUGUUCAAAUUUUGAGAAGUGCACAAGGCGCUGAAGUUAACAGUUUGAAGUUUUUAGAAUGUACCAGACAGGUUAAUUUAAUAUGACAGGGUUUCAAAAAAAAAAAAAAUUUUCUUGGUUUUUAUUUGUUUAACUGUUUUGAGACAUUAAAUUUGGGCUCAAAAUUUUCUCUCAAGAUUUGUCAUUACCAGUUUUACAGUUCUACUGAGUUUCCUCUUUUCCAUUUUAUAUUAUCUAUUCUACAAUCCAUGUGAUCUAUAAUAAAGUUAUUAAAUGGCAGUUUUACUAUCUUAUGCCAUUAAAACAGCCGAUGAUGUCCAUGUAUAACAAUGUCAAUGCAUAACAUGUUUGCCGUUUAUUAUAUUACCAUAAGGUGUUUGGUUGUCUAAGCAUUCCUUUGCCGUUUUAAUAGAACAAAUGUUUUACUAGUAUUGUUAAACUUGUUUACAAAAUAAAUGAGAACUGAAAAACACAAUUUUGCAUUGGUAAUUCCCAGAAUCCAGAAUAUUUCAUAGAACACUUUAAUCUGAACAUGCUACUAAUAUAAUACAUUGUAAAUUCUACUGUUGCAAGUAUAAAAAA